AUGCGCACUCUCAUCGUCCUUACGCUCCUGGCUCUCUCGGUGAUGGCUGCUACUUGCUACGAGUCCCAUGAGAGCAUGGAAUCCCAUGAGUAUCUCAAUCCCUUCCUGAACAGGCAAAGGGCCAAUGACUUCAUACAAGCUGACACGAGACUAGGAGCCAUCUCUCAGGAGAGGAUCAGGGAGCGUCAUAAGGCUCUCCAUGAACGUCAGAAGGAGAUCUGUGAGGACUACUACCCCUGCGACCUGUAUGCUUUUCGCCACGGCUAUGCUGCUGCUUACAGGCACUAUUUUGGGAGGAGGAGGAAUAAGUAA